UUCCCACUUUCUUCUAGCUGCUUGUGUAGGACAGACUUCAGAGUAGUCCAUAGCUACAAUUGAGAAGAAGAGUAGGUGAUUUCCUGUCACUGUUUAAAUGUGAUCCGGGGCCAAGCGCAGAUCGCACUGAAAAUUACGUCCAAUUUUAAUAACAGGUUUAUAUCUCCUGAUCCAAUAAUCGUAAACACCAACAACGUAUCGUCGAUAUAAGAAUGUCAAAUCAAAUGGAGGGCAAUAUAAAAAUCGGUACGCAUGAUGAUGGAAUUACUUGCAAUGAGGUACUUGCCUGUAUGCUUUUAAAGCUAUUGCCACGAUAUAUGAAUGCUGUCAUAGUAAGAACUCAAGAUCAGGAUAUCUUAGACAGUUGCGAUAUCGUAGUAGGCAUUGGUGGAAUAUAUGAUCCUUCCAUCCACAGAUAUGACUAUCAUAUGAGAGAAUUUUACGAGACAGCUAACACCAUUCUAAAAAAACCAAAUUACAACCGUAAGAUUAAAUUGAGCAGCGCUGGCUUGAUUUACUGUCAUUUUGGCCAUGAAAUAUUGAAGAUACUACUUCCACAUAUAAAAGAAGACAGAAUCAUCGAUGAGCUCUUCAAAGAGAUCUAUGAUACUAUCAUUGUGCAAAUUGAUGCACAAGGCAAUAAUCAGAUAAUGCCUGCAUAUCAUUCGCCUUAUUAUGAACCAGCAGUUUCCAUGUGUGAUGACUUGUGCAACUUGGUAAGAAACAUAAAUUAUAACACAUGGAAGAAGGGAGCAUAUAUGGAAGAAGAUGAGCUGUUUGAGAAAGCUAUGGCUAUGAUAUUGCACACAUUUAUGGAUUUUGUCAUCUGUGCAGAGAAAGUUUGGCUACCAGCGAGAAAAAUCGUGCAAAAUGCCAUAAACAGCCGAUUUGAGAUCCAUCCAAGCGGACAAAUAAUAGAAUUGUCGGAAUCGGUGCCAUGGCAGCAGCAUCUCUACAGUCUAGAGAGAGAAAUCAAACUCGAUUUAAGGAUAAUGUUCGUUAUUUUCUCGAGCGGAAAUGGCUAUCUGAUUCAUUGUGUGCCGGUAACGAGUAAAACGUCAUUUUUCUCACGCAGAAUAGACUUUCCAGGUAGGUGGCGUGGGUUGAGUAAUGAGGCGCUCGUGGCAGUUUGCGGAAUAGAAGACGCCGAAUUUGUGCAUAGGAAUGGACUAAUCGCCAGGCACAAAACUAGAGACGGUGCCAUAACUAUGGCGAUGACUGCCUUCCAGAUCGAGAUAUCCUCGGCGCCAUAUAUUCAUGAGAAAGAACCGAGCUAUAACGAAUUAGAAAACAUGGCAGGAGACAUUUGGAAUUCUUCAGAAUAUGUUCCAAUCUAGAUAUGAUUAUCAUAUAAAGUAUGAUAGAAUAUACCAAAGUUUCGAAAUA